AUGGCGGACAGCAGUAGCAGCAACGACGCUGCGGCCGACAAGUGCCCCGUCGACCACAAAUCCCGCGAGGUCUGGCUGCAGCAGGCCCGCGCCGCACAGGAAGCCGGCGCGCCGCCGCCGCCAAUGCCACCACACCCGAUGCCGGCCUCGGCCUCCUCGUCAUUACCACCACCGGUACCAACCUCCAGUUCGCCAGGCUCCUCUUCUUCUUCAUCAUCAUCAUCAUCAUCAUUAUCAUCAUGGAACCCAUUAAGCUGGCGCGUUCCAUUCUGGCCCAGCACCGCAUCACAAACAACCCCCGAACCACAGACGGCGCGGCCUGCGCCCCGACCGCAACUCGACGAGCACCGCGUGGUAUCGUCCAUCCCGCGGUCAUCGACGUCACCCAACCAACCGGCAGGGUCGACGACGACGACUACAGCACCGGCGUCAUCCCGCCCCGUCAACCACGAGAUCGAAACCGGCGCGGACCCGCACACGGGGAACUGGAUCUACCCGUCGGAGAAGAUGUUCUUCGAGGCGCUGAAGCGCAAGGGCACGGCGGGCGACACGCGGCCCGUCGACAUGCGGACCGUCGUUCCCAUCCACAACGCCGUCAACGAGCGCGCCUGGAAGGAGAUCAAGGAGUGGGAGGCGCCGUACCUGGACGGGCCCGGCGGGAACAAGUGCGGCGGCCCAAAGCUGGAGAGCUUCUCGGGGCUCGCCGCCAAGAUGACGCCCCGCGCGAGGUUCAACACCCUGCUGGGGUACACGGCGCCCUUUGAUCGCCACGAUUGGGUCGUCGAUCGCUGCGGGAAGAAGAUCGAGUACGUGAUUGACUUUUAUGCGGGCAGGCCUGGGGCUGCGCGGCAACAGCAGCAGCAGGGCCCGCAGAUAAACUUUUAUCUGGAUGUAAGGCCCAAGUUGAACAGUUGGGAGGGUGUCAAGAUGAGAGCGUUGAGGUUCAUUGGUGCUGCAUAG